AUUGCAUUGAUGGCGUCGGUUCAGGGGAAAUGGCGCUGACUUCGAAAAAGGCAUUCAAUUUCUUUGAGGUUUCUCAAGUCCAGAUCCCAGACGAUAGCUCUUCCGUCAUCAAUGCCGAUGUAGCGUGUAUAUGCACGGGAUCUGAUAACCUCUUUAUAGGAACCAACGAUGGAAAAGUACACAUACUGUCGCCUGCGUUCAAAGUGGUUCGUUCCUUCCACGCGCACAAUGCUGGGGCCAUUCGACAUAUGAGACAAGUGGAAGGCACUUCGCUCUUGGUUACUAUCGCGGAGGAUUUACCAAAUGAACCCAUUCUGAAAGUCUGGGCCCUUGAUAAAAUUGAGAAGAAGUCUGGUGCUCCACGCUGUUUGUCGACGGUGUCUGUCCAGAACGGCAGACGGCCGUUCCCGGUGUCAACAUUUGUUACGCUCGAAGACUUAUCUCAAGUUGCUGUCGGUUUCGCAAACGGUUCGGUUGCCAUCAUCCGGGGCGAUCUCAUCAAUGAUCGUGGUGCCAGACAGCGGAUUGUUUUUGAGUCGCAAGAACCGAUAACGGGCCUGGAAGUGCAACAUGGCAACACAAUUACUACUCUAUUUAUUGCCACUACGAACCGCAUUCUUACGCUUACAAUUGCUGGACGGGGUCAAGGACAGCCUGCGCGUGUACUGGAGGAUGCAGGGUGUGCCUUCGGCUGUAUGGCCCUGGAUAAGGAUACAGGUGACAUCUUGAUUGCGCGGGAAGACGCCAUACAUACAUAUGGUCUACGAGGUCGUGGUCCUAGUUUUGCGUAUGAUAGUCCGAAGACCUCUUUGAACCUCUUCAAAGGCUAUGUGGCCCUGGUAUGCCCGCCAAAGACCGUCGUAUUCAAAUCAGAUACGUUGCGCGCAUAUAAUGGUGCUCAAACAGAUGAUAUUUUCAACACGACCACAUUCACCAUCCUCGAUACGGACCUGAACUUCGUUGCGCACUCAGAGGCACUCAUCUCCUCUGUGAAAAGUAUUUUUACAAUAUGGGGCGAUCUCUUCUUGAUAGACCUGGAUGGAAAGAUCACUCGGUAUCAUGAGAAGAACCUACAACAAAAACUUGAGAUUCUUUACCAGAGAAACCUUUACAUCUUGGCGAUCAACCUUGCUCAGAAGGCGGGCAUUGAUACACUACAGCAAAAUGUCAUAUUCCGUAAAUAUGGGGAUUUUCUCUAUCAGAAAGGAGAUUAUGAUACAGCAAUGCAACAAUAUCUGAGAGCUAUAGACAAUACGGAGCCCUCUCAAGUCAUUCGCAAAUUCCUGGAUACACGCCGAAUCCAUAAUCUCAUUGAAUAUUUGGAAGAACUUCACGAUCAUGAUAGAGCAACAGCAGACCACACGACCUUACUUCUCAAUUGCUAUGCAAAACUCAAAGACACAUCCAAGCUCGAUUCAUUUAUCAAAGCUCCAGGCGAGCUGAAAUUUGAUCUAGAAACAGCGAUAGCUAUGUGUCGCCAAGGAGGUUACUUUGAGCAAGCCGCAUAUCUAGCUACCAAACACGGUGAGAAUGAUAUGGUUGUCAGCAUCCUCGUUGAAGAUUCUCGCAAAUACGCUGAAGCCCUGGAAUUUAUUUCACGACUUGAACCUGAUACAGCCUAUCCCAACCUCAUGAAGUAUGCUAGAGUGCUAUUGGGGCACUGCCCACAAGACACAACGCAGCUUUUCAUCAUCUUUUAUACAGGCAGAUACCGUCCGAAGAAAGACAUAGAACCCCCCUCAGAGUCGCAAACACCUCAACAUAAUGCAGUCCGCAACCUGGCCGCUUUUAUUCCUCUACCCUAUGUUGGCACAAGUUCCAACUCGAAGUCUCAGCCAUCUGAAACUCAGCUGUCAGAAGAAAGCGAAGACGUCGAUAAGAUACCCACAUAUGACAUUCCGAAACCCCGGAGCGCCUUUUCGGCAUUUGUCGAUCGCCCAGCCGAGUUUAUCAUCUUCCUCGAAUCUCUGAUAUCACAGAAGUCUUGGAACGAGCAGGAUCGGAUCGACUUGUACACCACACUGUUUGAGAUAUAUCUCGAUAAUGCAAAGAAGGCUCGAGAUCCAAGUGUCAAAAGUGAAUGGGAGACAAAAGCCAAGAACUUGAUUGAGGGCAGAGACAUACCUAUAUCAACAUCAAACGUCUUACUACUCUCGGAUUUGUCAAAUUUCGAAGAAGGCACGAUACUGGUCAAAGAGCAAGCAGGCCUACGGUCAGAUAUCUUUCGCUCAUAUACCGCCGCCAAAGACACCCAAGGCGUGAUCAAAGCAUUACGGAAAUAUGGCCCUGAAGAGCCUCACUUAUAUGUUGAUGCACUAGCAUACUUUGCGUCUAGCUCUAAGAUAUUAGCGGAGGUCGGCGAUGAGUUGAAUGUGGUGCUCAAGAAAAUCGAUGAGGAGGGUUUGAUGGCCCCAUUGCAAGUCAUUCAAGCAUUGAGCACUAAUGCGGUUGUCACCAUGGGUAUGAUCAAGAAAUACCUCAGUCAAAAUAUUGAGCGGGAACGAAAGGAAAUAUCAACGAAUCGUCGAUUGAUAUCGAGCUACACGAGCGAGACAGAGACGAAGAGGAAGGAACUCGAGCAAAUCAACUCACAACCGGCUGUAUUCCAAGCUCGAAGAUGCCAAUCGUGUGGUGGAGCGCUUGAGCUGCCUACCGUUCACUUCCUCUGCAAACAUUCUUUCCACCAACGAUGCCUCAACAAGACGGGCGAGGAUGCCGAAUGUCCCAUAUGUGCACCCCAGAACGCGACUAUAAAGGCCAUUCGUCGUCGACAGGUCGAGUCCGCUGAUCAGCAUGAUCUCUUCUCCGAAGAGUUGAAGCGGAGUAAGGACAGGUUUGGAACUGUGAGCGAGUUUUUUGGUCGAGGCGUUAUGGGAUCACAUAGUACUGAGUAAAUGUCUUAUGUAUGUAGAUAAUGAGCAAUGUAGAAAUACCCUACUUGGCACAGUUAAUGGUACCAGGUCGACAUCGGGAAACGAGAACCGACUUCUGAUCUCCAGCGAAAUUAUAAUUAUAUGUUAUCUAUCUUAUCAGCACGUGCACACGUGU